AUGAGUGAACCUGCCAAGGGUCUCCAGGCCUGCCCCACUACCUGGGUGGAGGUGGUGGGACAGGCCUUUGUCUUAGCACACUCAGCUCCUGACUUCCAGGCCCUGAGGGAGCGGCUGGCCCUCGCUGCCAUGGCUGCCACAGAAUUCCUCAUCCGGGUUCUGCUAGGGACCAUUUGGUACCCGCAGAAGGUCGGUGAUGAGCUGGAUGAGGCCACGCGUGAGCGCAUGCAGCAACGUGCGCAGCUGCUGAGCUUGGAGAUGUCUCGGCUGCUGCAGGAGCUGAAGCAGAGCAGCCAGAGGCAAAGGAGCCAGGUUCAGACGAGCCAAGAGCCAAGCGUCAUGACCUGGGGAGCUCUGCUCUUUGCUGCCUUGCAGCAGCGACAGUUCUGGGCCAUUGCUGGAGUCCUGGUCCUGCUCUUUGGGCUCUGGUGGUGGCUCAGCAGAAGGAGCCAUGAGACCGACACAUGCAGCAAGAAAGGCAGUUGCAGAAAGAAGGGGCACAGGCAGGAGCAAGAAGGAAAACCCAGUGUUGCUCUGGAUAUGGGCAGAAUUUUGGCGGAGCGCCUUCUGGACGUGCCAGAAUCAUUUGUCAUGGUGGAGGAGCUGGUGGAUGAACUUCUGCGUACCUGCCGAAGACUCUGCAGGAAUAGUUUCAUGCCGCGACUGAUGCCAGCCAUUGGGGAGGGCAGUUUCUGCCAAGGCUGGAGUCCCCGUGAGGAUGACGCCGUCUACCGCCUGCUCGUGCCCCUGCAGGCCCCCCGCGGGCACGCCUUCCACCUCGAGCUGGGCACUGAUGAGGAGAUGCCGGCAAGGAACUCCCGCCUCCGCGUGGAGCUGGUGUGUACCUGCAUGAGGGAGCGGCUGGUGAAGGACUUGCUGUGCUUCCUCCACCACUCCGAGGAGGAGCUGAGGAGGAAUCAGGACCCCAGCCUCCUAGACACCCUCUGCACAGGCUCCUACCUAGAUGUGCAGAAAACUGCCCACUGGUUCCAGCAAUUUGUGAGGUCAGCCUGGAUGCUGAUGCCUCUGUCCGGUCGCUACAAUAUGAAGGUGCUGCCCUCCAGUCGCUCCUGCAAGCUGCAGCUGACUAAUGCCUCCAGGAGGACCCUCUUUAUUGAGAUCACGUUGGGUGUGCAGCAAGGCGACUCGGACAUCUUCUUGAGCAGCCAGAGUACAGAGGAUAUCCUCACCCCAAGCACGACGUGGCUGGAGAGCUACACUGUGGCUGAGAUGAAGUUCUUCAGGCACAUAGCCCGGCAGGUCCCGCGUGACAGCUUCCACCUCAAAUGCCUGCAGCUCUGCGCUCGUGCCAUGGUGGGCACAGGCUUUUCCACCUACACCUUGAAGACAGCUGUGAUGCACCUCCUGACCACCAUACCCCUGUCAGGCUGGCGCAGGAGGGAUUUCCUGCUGCGGCUGCAGGAUAUCAUGCGAUACCUGCGCUGCUGCCUGGAGGAGAAACGCCUUGACCACUUCUUCUUUGGCAAUGAGAACAUGCCCCAGGAGAUCGUCUUGCCCCCAGCUUUACAAGCGGCCGAGCCACCCAACCUCUUCCAGCAUCUGGCACAGGAUCCAGCCGCCCAUGCUGAGGCACUGCAUGACUUCUAUGAGCUGGAAGAUCGGCUCACGAGACUGCUCUUCUAUGGAAACUGAAAGAGGUCUUCCAGAGCUGUGUUUGCAGGGCUCACAGCCAACGGCAGACAGUGACCUCCUACUGCAGGGGAAAAAGAGGGGAGAAUGUGGGACACAGAAAGGAAAGGGCAAACCCUGUGCAGCAGCCCUCUGCCAAGACCAGCAGCUUUCUCCUCUCAACGGUCUCCCCAGCGCAGCAGCCGGUGACAACUGCAGUAGUGACAAAGAUGACUUUCCUCCUGCUGUAUUGGGAAUUGCUGCCGCACCUUUCCUGCACAGCAAAAGCACACUCUGGGGAGUGGGACCCCAUGCAGCUGAAGGGGCUGUUGCAAGGAGGCUUGCGACAGAGUCUCCGGUACCACCUCGACAGCGACCGCCUUCCCUCUUCGAGAGAGUCCCUUCCUUUGGGACUUUUACUGUGUGCAAAAGUGCCCAUAAAUGACGUCUUUGAACAAAUGCUGAAUCUGCGAGUAUCUGUGCACCAUUUUGUCGGGGAACACGGGCAUCGGCUGCUGACGGCUCAGCUGCCACAGAGUCAGGGACCAUUUUGCAGAAGAGCUGAUGCAGCGGGCUCUGGUUUCACUGAUUCUGUAGCUGAGGAUCACCAGCCUCUCU